AUGUCCUCUUCCGAUCCAGUCACGGAACAGCCGGAAAGACAGCUGCAGCAUGACUCGACCCUCGUCGUCGACAAGUCCGUCUCCUUGACCUUCGGGAGCGACUCUCUCUUGAUAAUGACCGAUGUGCUCGCAAAUCGGGCCGUGGCUGCUGCGGGUUAUGCAAGUCUAGUAAGCUGCGACUCUUUUUCGUCUGCCCCUCCGACGAUCACCCUCUCAGAAGCCAAAACCAAGAUCACCCAUGCAAUCUCUUUGUACAAUGUUCUGGAUGCCGAGGUUAAUCCGUCGAACCUUGUGAUCACCUAUGCGCAGCAUUCGACGAAGAAUGAUGUGUCCGUGACCGCCCUUCACUAUCCGAUCAGCGAAAAGGAAAAGCCUGCAGUUGAACAAUGGGUGGUACAGCUGCUAGAGCUGGCCUACGGAUCAGCCCAGCGCAGAAGACGCCUGAAAAUCCUGAUCAACCCCUUCGGUGGCAAGGGCACGGCCGCCAGCUUGUACCAGCGAUAUGCGGCGCCAAUCUUCGCCGCCGCUCGAUGUCAAGUGGAUGUACAGACGACAGAAUACCGUGGUCAUGCUAUCCAGAUUGCGGAGCAGCUCGAUAUCGACGCGUAUGAUGCAAUUGUCUGCUGCUCUGGUGACGGUCUUCCGUACGAGGUCUUCAAUGGCCUGGGCAAACGCUCCAAUGCCCGCGAGGCAUUGGCUAAGACAGCGGUGGCACUGCUUCCUUGUGGCUCUGGCAAUGGCAUGACUUGGAAUUGUCUUGGAACAGGGAGUAGCUCGAUAGCAGCUUUGGGCAUUGUGAAGGGACUGAGGACUCCUCUGGAUCUUGUCUCAGUCACUCAACAGAACACACGCACUCUCUCCUUCCUCUCGCAGUCCUUUGGAAUCGUUGCGGAAUCAGAUCUAGGCACCGAUAACAUUCGGUGGAUGGGCGCACAGCGAUUCACCUAUGGAUUCCUGGUUCGUCUGCUACGGCGCACAGCUUGGCCUUGCGACCUGGCCAUCAAGGUCGAUAUUAAUGAUAAGAGAGCAAUCAAAGAACACUACACUGCAUUCAAGGCCCGAGAGGAGGAUCCUCUUGCUGACAAGAACCGCCUCGAGGCUGCCAAGCUGUCACCGGCACUGCCUGAGCUUCAGUACGGUACUGUCCAAGACGAUCUACCGCAGGACUGGGAAGUCGUCCCAGGUGAGACAAUGGGCAAUUUCUAUGCAGGCAACAUGGCGAUCAUGUCGAAAGACACCAAUUUCUUCCCGGCUUCUCUUCCCCAUGACGGCCUUAUGGACAUCGUCACCAUUGAUGGGACUGUCGGUCGCUCUACGUCAAUUAAAAUGAUGAAUGAGAUUAGUACUGGGGGCUUCUUCGACAUGCCGGACGUCAAGAUUCGCAAAGCCACUGCGUUCCGCUUAGUGCCUCAUCAAAAGGAAGGGUAUAUCAGUAUUGACGGCGAGCAGGUCCCCUUCGAAGCGUUCCAAUGUGAAAUUCAUCAGGGCCUAGGUACAGUCCUUACCAAGUCCGGGCACAUGUAUGAAGCCGAUGGACCGAAGUGA